AUGGCUCUCAAGAUCGCGAUAAUAGGCGCCGGUCCAGCAGGCUGCAUGCUCGCCCGCCUCCUCACCAACUCCCCCGACAACCACAACAUCUCCGUCACAAUCUUCGAAGGCGAAGCAAGCCUCAACUUCCGCUCACAAGGAGGUUCCCUCGACCUGCACGACAAGACCGGCCAAGCAGCUCUCAAGAAGGCGGGCCUCUUCGACGAAUUCCUCAAACACGCCCGCUACGACGGCGAGGCGCUGAAGCUCUGCGAUAAGAACCUCCUCUGCUAUGUCAAACAAUCCGGAGGCAACACAUCGAGACAGAAACUUACAACUGGCCGUCCUGAAAUCGACAGACCCAAACUCCGCGAACUCCUCUUCAACAGCCUCCCCAAAGGAACCGUCGAGUGGAGCAAAAAACUCACCCACAUCGACCGCGACACCCUCACCCUCCACUUCGCAGACGGCACCUCCCAAUCCUCCUUCGACCUGAUCGUAGGAGCCGACGGCGCCUGGUCCAAAGUCCGCCCCCUCCUAACGCCCGACAAACCCUUCUACAGCGGCAUAGCAGGCCACACCGCCAACAUCCCCAACGCCCUGGAACGCUACCCGGACCUCCACAGCCUCAUCAACCGCGGCAGCGUCUUCGCCUUCAGCGACGGCAAAUCCCUCGCCGGCCAACAACAAGGCGACGGCAGCCUCAACAUCUCCACCUGGUCCGUCCACGCCCCCGACUGGCAAUCCACCUACGACGUCCACGACGGCGCGCAGGUCAAAGCCGCCGCGAGGAGAGCCUACGCAACCUGGGACCCUCGCCUCCUCGCCCUGAUCGAAGCCGCAGAGGACUCCUCCUUCAUCCCGCGAGAUCUCUACAUGCUCCCGGUGGGCAACUGCUUCUCGCAUGUCAAAGGCCUCACCCUCAUCGGCGACGCCGCGCACCUCAUGACGCCCUUCGCGGGCGAAGGCGUCAACCUCGCCUUCGAAGACAGCAUGCGUCUCUCCGAAGCCAUCAUCCGCGCCUCUUCCUCUUCCCCAUCCCCCACAACAGAGAAGAACCACCUCGACGAGCAAAUCCUCACCUUCGAACGAGACAUGUUCACCCGCGCCAAAGCCACCCAAGAAAUGACGUACAAAAUGCUAAGCUUGAUGUUCCUGACGGAGAAUGCGCCGAGGAGUUCGAUUGAGAGGUAUAUCAUCACGGCGGUGGAGGGGGAGUUGGGGCCGAUGUUGACGGUGUUGGUGACGCCGUUGGUGUAUGUGUGGUUUUUUGUGUUUAAAUUGAUUUAUUGA